GAACUUCAAAGCUGAGCUGUAGAUGAAAGGGUUCAGCAUGGGGGUAACUAUUGCAUACAAGACCGAAGCAAUUAUGUCUUUGGAAUCCCACGAUGAGGAAAAAAAGUAAACACCUGCAAGUGUUCCAUAGUAUAAAGACACUACAAAGAGGUGGGAGCCACAGGUAGAAAAGACUUGAACGAUUCUGUUAGUGGAGGGCACCCUCAGGAUGAUGGUCCCUAUAUGGAUAUAUGAGCCAAAACAAUACUCAAAGGCAGACGGUAAAGAAAUCCUCCCUCUGUAAAGAUCACAAGCAUAUUGAGAGAGAUGUCUGAGCAGCUCAGCUUCAGUAGUGCGGUGAAAUCACAGAAGUGGUUGAUGGUGAUGUCAGCACAGAAGGACAGUUGGACCAAGAGGAGGGUGUGCAACAAAUCACGGACACGGGUGAGAAUCCAGGAGCCACACACGAGCAGUGUGCACAGCCCCUCCCACACGAUGGUGGUGUAGUGCAGAGGAUGACAGAUGGCCACGUACCUGUCAUAUGCCAUCACUGCCAGAAGGAAAUUGUCAAGAGCAGCAAAAAAUAUGAAAAAAUACAUCUGAAAAAUGCAUCCCAUAUAGGAGAUUGUCACCGAGUCUGCAUGUUCACGAGCAUCUUUGGGACUGUGACAGAUGAAAGACAGAUGUCAGAGAAGGCCAAGUGUCUGAGGAAGAAGUACAUGGGCAUGUGCAGUUUGAAGGAUGACCUCUAGGAAGAAAGUGUUGCUGAAGGUUAUCAUCCUGGGAGAUUCUGGAGUUGGUAAGACAUCACUCAUGAACCAAUAUGUGAACAAGAAAUUCAGUAAUCAGUACAAAGCCACAAUAGGAGCAGACUUCCUGACAAAGGAGGUGAUGGUGGAUGACAGACUAGUUACCAUGCAGAUCUGGGAUACAGCAGGACAGGAACGGUUCCAGUCUCUUGGUGUGGCUUUCUACAGAGGUGCAGACUGCUGUGUUCUGGUAUUUGAUGUGACUGCCCCCAACACGUUCAAAACCCUUGAUAGUUGGAGAGAUGAGUUUCUCAUCCAGGCCAGUCCUCGGGAUCCUGAAAACUUUCCUUUCGUGGUGUUGGGAAAUAAGAUUGACCUUGAAAACAGACAAGUAGCCACGAAACGAGCGCAGGCCUGGUGCUACAGCAAAAACAACAUUCCCUACUUUGAGACCAGUGCCAAGGAGGCCAUCAAUGUCGAGCAGGCAUUCCAGACAAUUGCACGGAAUGCACUGAAACAGGAAACAGAGGUGGAGCUGUACAAUGAAUUUCCUGAACCCAUCAAACUGGACAAGAAUGACCGGGCCAAAGCCUCGGCAGAAAGCUGCAGUUGCUGAACGAGCAGUGAGAGCAGAGCACAGAGCCCUUCACAAACCAAGAACACACGUAGGCCUUCCAACACAAAACCCCCCUUCUCCUAUUUCAAACAAACCAUAAAAUGAUCUCUCAUAUCCAGCUGCCAAAAGAAACCCCACAAACACACUCACUCCUCCACACAAUACACAUACAAGCAGGCAGACUCCAGCAGCCCAGGCCUGUGAUGGCUCCAUUAGGGUCUGCCCACCCACUACAUCAGUCCUCAUGUGGCAGCAGGAUGGGCCAACUGUAGAAAUUAUUCUGGUGUACAGUUGACAUCAGAAGCUUAUUCUUUUUGUCCACCAGGGAGAGAACUGUUUACAGUUAAUCUGUGUCUAAUUAGUUACCUGAUUUUUUUUUUUAAUGAUCUUUUGAUCUUUUUACCCCAUCCCCAACCCCUCUUGUGAAGGCUAUCACUUGGGAAGGCUGGUGCCCCAUGCUUCAUUACAGGCUCACACCCAGUCUGAUCAGGCUGAGUUUUGUAUGUAUCUGUUAAUGCUUGUUACUUUUAACUAAUCAGAUCUUUUUACAGUAUCCAUUUAUUAUGUAAUGCUUCUUAGAAAAGAAUCUUAUAGUACAUGUUAAUAUAUGCAACCAAUUAAAAAUGUAUAAAUUAGUGUAAGAAAUUCUUGGAUUAUGUGUUUAAGUCCUGUAAUGCAGGCGUGUCAGAUGGAGGGUUGAACCCUGUCUGGAUUGCAGAGUGUUAGCAACUCAGAAUUCAGAAAUCCAGCUAGAGGCAGUAUUCUGUACAGUAGGCACAAGAAUUAUGUACACCUUUUAUCAAAGACUUAAGAGCCAAAAAGCUUUUCAUCUCUCCAGGGGGAAAACUGUCUAGUUUCCUUCUGUAUCUAAAUUUCCCAAAAGGUUGAUUUGCAUAAUACAGUGAUGUGUGCAGUGCAUAAAUAAUAAUUUUUUUAAAUUCUCCUUUAUUCCUCCCCCCCCCCGUUUCACACUUUGAAAGUUCCCAUUAGAUCAACACUUUACUUAUAAGAGGAAAAGGAAAAUCCUAACAGAUCUGUCCUAGUGAUUUUUACCUUUGUUCUAGAAGGCACUCCUUUCAGGGUUGUGUUAUCCUUAGAUUAGCAAACCUUUUUCUCCUUUUCCCCACUGACUCCCCAGUAUUGCCUAUUAUUAAUUAACCAGUUUCUUUGGUAUGGAACCCUGGCAGUUUUGCACCUUCCCUAGAAUCUGCCCCUGCAUUGUAGCUUGCUUAAUGAAGCACUUCCUUUUUUCCAAAGGUCUACAUUCUAGGGUGUGGGCCGAGUUUUUCUGUAAAGAGAUGAACGUGAUGCCAAUAAAAUGUAACAAGAGCAAAGAUCA